GGAGAGAGCGAGCGGCAGUGUUUACGUGAAUCAGCUGACAGGGUGGGGCGGGGCAGCACACCUGGACCACUCCUCUCUCUCCCUUCAUGAACGUCGCUGCAGUAUGAGCGUGCGGCGGGCUGGGACCACGGCACGCACCCCACACCCACACCCCGCAGCGCCCACAGGACACACAGGAGCCACAGGACGUCCCUCAGCACCAUGGCAGCCACGUACGCAGCGCAAUACUUCCUGGUGGUAGUUUUCCUGGUGACAGGUGUUCUGCUGAUGGUCUCACCUGUGGCCUUGGGCUCUCCAGGUGAGAAAGUAAUGAUUGGAGGGGCAAUUAACGCCAGCAAGUGUACAUUCAACACUCAAGAUGUGACUCUGCAGUAUACCAGUGUUCAGAAUGUUACUCUCUCCAAGUCUGGAGUGUUGCUGGAGAAUGUAACACUGUUUUUCACCCUAGAAGGGGAUAAUAUACUGAAGGAGGUGCCUAACAUUACAUUAACCCCUGGGAGUGAUAAUCAGAGCUUUGCUGUCACGCUGGAGCCCUCAGGAGUUGGCCACACGACCCUGGUGGUGAAUGCUACCCCGCCAAAUAUGACUGAUGUGUCCAGUGCGUUUUUGCGUGUGUUCGUGUCUCACUCCAAGGAGCUGGACUACUUCAGUGAUGUGGUGGGCUGGGUCUACUUUGUGGCCUGGUCUGUGUCGUUCUACCCGCAGACAUACAGCAACUGGAGACGGAGAAGUGUCAUUGGCUUCCACUUUGACUUCCUCUCACUUAAUGUUGUGGGAUUCUUCAUGUACAGCGUGUUCAACAUCUGCCUGUACUGGAGCCCCAUCAUACAGAGCCAGUACUUUCACCGGCACCCUUAUGGCGUCAACCCGGUGCAGCUCAACGACGUCAUCUUCUCCAUUCACGCCUUUGCCGCCUGCAUGAUUCAAGUCUUCCAGUGCUGCAUGUACGAGAGAGGUGACCAGCACGUGUCCAAGACUGCCAAGGUGAUUCUGGGGGCCAUUGCCUUGGUGACAGGGGUGAUGGUGGUGCUGGGGGCAGCAGUGGUGGUGCAGUGGCUGGAUUUCCUCUACUAUGUCUCCUACGUGAAGCUCUUCAUCACCCUCAUCAAGUAUAUUCCGCAGGCUUACUACAACUACCAACGAAAGAGCACAUCAGGCUGGAGCAUUGGCAACAUCCUCCUGGACUUCACUGGUGGCACUCUGUCCAUCGCUCAAAUGUUCAUCCUUGCAUACAACUACCACGACUGGAGCUCCAUCUUCGGCGACCCCACCAAAUUCGGUCUGGGUCUCUUUUCGGUAGUUUUUGACAUCUUCUUCAUGAUCCAGCAUUACGUUCUGUACCGGGGAAAUGGGGAUGGCAGUGGCUAUCAUGGUAACCUCUUGGCCUCCCCUCAGUUGACCCACAGCAGCUCCUUAACCGAGUCCGUUUCCUCAGUGGAUUACGGAGCGACAGGGAGCAUCCAUUGACUCCCGGCUGCUCCCUCUUCCUCCUCCUCCUUGUCCUCUUCCCUGUCCUCGUCAUCCUUCAGGACCUCUUUUCUCUCAUCCACCUUUUCCUCGUCCUUCAAAAGCUCGCUCCUCCCAUCUUCGUCCUCCACUGUCUCCCCUUUGUCAUCUGUUCCUUCCUUCGCAUCGUCUUUCAAAAGUUACCAGGCAUAGUUUGUUUUUUCUUGUCUUUUCCUUGUUUUUUUCAUUUUUUUUAUUGUUGUUCUUCUUUGUUUUCCUGGCUGUCUUUGUUUUUUACCUCGUCCUUUUCUUUGUUGUCUUAUUCCUUGUUUCGUCUCAUCUUUCUCAUCAGUUUUAUUUCUCUCUGAGUUAUUCUCCUCUGGUAAACUUUCCUCUCUCUCUCUCUCUCUCUCUCUCUCUCUCUCUCUCUCUCUCUCUCUCUCUCUCUCUCUCUCUCUCUCUCUCUCUCUCUCUCUCUCUCUCUCUCUCUCUCUCUCUCUCUUAUCUCAUCUGACUUAGCUUCCACCUUGACACUUCCCUCUCUCCUAUUUUCCUCACACUGAUCCCCCUUGUUCUUUUCUCUUUCUCUCUCUUUUUUUCUAUUUCAACUCUCAGCCUCUAUCAUCACACUUUCCUUUUCAUCUGUUUCUCUUUCACUCAUCUUCCUUUUCCUCUUCCCCCUCUCUUACUGUUUCCCCAUCUCCCCAUCUGGGAUUCCUAGUUUCAGACAGGGAGAGGGAGUGUAGCUGUUGGUCUUGUCACUCGUCUCCAAGCCAAAGAUGUGUCUAGAACUUUGACUCAGAUUGCUGUGUGUGUGUUGAGUUACUUGUCUUGACUUGUUUUGCCUCACUGGGAAUCUACGGAACCUUGCUGAGGAAUAUAAUGAGACCUGAAUUAUUAUUGUUAUUUUUAUUUAUUAUUAUUCUUUUUUUUUAUUGUUAUGUCUAAAAAGUGAAAGUUUGGUGAGGUAUGUGAAAUGUAUGAGAUUAUUAUUUUUUUUUUUUUUUGCGUGUGUGUUUUUUGUUUUUGUUCAAGUUUGGUGAAGACUAUAAAGAGACCUGUAUUUUUUUUUUUUUUUUCAUUGUGUCUCAGAAUGUUUGGAAGUCUAGUGAGGUAUAUAUAAUAGUACCUGUUCUUUUCUUAUUUUCUUUUUGCCAUCUAGAAAAGUCUGAAAGUUUGGUGAAGUGUAUCAUGAAACCUAACUAUCUGUUUUUUUUUUUUUUUCAAUUGGUUUGUGUAUUUUUUCUUUCUUUUUUGCAAGUAAUGAUGGCUUUGGAUUGUUGUGUUGUUUGUUUGCUUGUUAUUUGUUGUUGUUGCUAUUUGGUGAGAAUUAAGAUAUAUAAUGGGGGUGAAUUUUGAAUGUGUGUGUGCGUGUGUGUGCGUGUGUUUACCUUACCGUACCUUACCUAACCUACCAAACCUAAAAAAAAAAGUUAAGGCAAAUUAUAUUAGAGAGGGAGAGAAUAAAAAAAACAUGAAUUAUGAUAUCAAAAUGCUAAAAUUGCAGGGGACAGACUAACUAAUCAAAAUGCAAAUUGAUAACAGUAUAAUUAAACGUCAAAAUAGUAUGAAAGUUGAGGUGAGGUGAGAAAGAGAGAGAGAGAAAAAGAGCUGCCAUAAUAGCAAAAUUUUAAUACUGCAUUCAAUCAUCUGUAUUAUCACAAGGAUAUUACCUGUAUGGGCUUUAAUUAACUGACAGGUGGAAUGUAUCUUAACGUAAUCACCUUUCUAUUUACAGUUUUAUUCUGCACUGUUGUAAGUAAGAACAGGAGGUUGUUGUGUUUGGUAGUAUUAGGUUUUGUAGUGUUAGGUUUACUUUACAGACACCACUUGGUAGACUAACCCAAUUUUAUAUCAGUGCAGUGAAUAGGUAAGAUUUAAGCUGUGCAAUUUUUUUUUUUUUUCCUUUUUUUAACUGGUGAUAUAAGUAAAGUUGGGAUGUUAUUAAGUGUGGGAAGGCAUUAUAUUACCUCAGAAACAUGACUCGAUACACUGAUCCACCAUUACAUAAUCCUAACAUUAAGUUGCGAGGUUAGUCAGUAAAAUAAGUAAGGCCAGAUUGUAAAGUGUUAAGUAACAUCAUAUUUACUUCAGAAACAUCAAUUGACUACCUAACCUAAGCAAACCUAAACAAAUCUUAAUCCAACCUAGCCUAACAUUACCUAUUCUAACCUUACCAAACCAAACCAAACCAAACCUAAGCAUACAUAUAUGAGCACAGAGUGAAAGUAAGAAGACCAAGAUUAACAUGUGUAUUUCCAAGCAUUCCAUCCCACCACUUGAGGCUUCCACUGGUGUUGAUUUAGUCGCAAUGCACAGCUGAGGAUCCAGUGCUCAGUGUGGUCUUCCUUGCUCAGAGACGUGACCAGGGGAGCUGUGACAAGUGACCCCAAGUACCUUGAGUCUGACAUAACCGGGGGAGCUGUGACAAGUGACCUCAGCUGCCUUGGGUGUGACUAGCAUAGCAUUUACUGACUCAGCAUUGAACUUACGUGUCAGCAAGUGUGUGGCAGGAAUUAAGGUACCUGAGGACCUGGGAACACAGUAAUUCUGCCUGUGAAUGAUGCUGUCACUCACUAAUUGGGCUGUGCAUCUUGAAAUGUGUGGUAAACUAAUGUAUUUCCUCCAGAACUUUUGUAUAAGGUACCUGAUUAGUAAAAUUAAAAUACAGUCUGGUAUCUUAUUAAAUCUUAGAAGCCUGGGAUUAGAGUAAAUUUGCUGCAGUUUGAAGGCAAGAGGGGCUAAUGAGUGAAAGCACAAGUCAGUGGCAGUGGGAGUAAGGCACAUCUCCAGCAUGUAUCAAGGCAAGAUAAGAAUAUUUAGACCAGUUAGUGAGUAAAAGCAUCAAUUAGUCAGUGGCAGCAGGAAUAAGAUAAACUUGCAGCAUGUUUCAAGGCAAGACAGGAACACAUAAAUUAGUGAGUGAGUGAGCAUCAGUGUUACCAUAUCCCAUCCUCACCUGCCAGAGUCACUGCCACACACUUCAUGUCACAGUCUAGUAUUAUUGUUUCUGCUUUAAAAUGUUGUUGUUUAUAGUAGAGACAUGACUGCUGUUUCAUUUAUUAGUUGUUUGUUAUUAUUUCUGUGUGUUUGUGUCACAGAGCACAUGUUGCAUUCCAUAGUUCAGUAUUGAUUUUUUUUUUCUUUUUGUUUAGGUGUUAUACAUGAUGAGAUUCAAAGUAUCACCUCACUGUAGUAUUAUCACCAAUAUUCCAUUAUAUUCUUAGUACUUACUGUAGUGUUUCUUAAUUUAGCAUUUGUAGUAUUAAUUUAUUUUAUUACUUUUUUUCAUGGCAUUAUUGUUAUUCAAGAAGUUUCAGUCUCCACCUCGCAUUAUCAGAAAGCUUUAUUGUAUCAUUAAUUUAUUAUUUUUAUGUAGUUAUUGUUUUUAUAAUGAAAGUUCAAUCUUCACCUCACUGUAUCAGAAAUCUUUAUCAUAUUGUUUAUUUACUUAUAUUUCACUCUCUUUACACUUACCGCACCAUAACAUUCCUUGCCAAAGUAUUAUUAAGAUUAUUUCUGCUUUCUUAGAUGUUGUUUAUGAUGAAACUAACACCUUAUUACAACAGGAAUCCUUAUUAUGUUAUUUACUUUUAUUUCUCUCUUUAUACUUGCUACAAAACUCAGCAUCCUAUUUUUUAGUAUUAUCAUCAUUAUUUUUGCCAUUUUAUAUUAUUAUUGCCAUUUCUGAUGAAACUGUGUCAUAUCAUUGUAUUAUGAGGAAUCCAUCAUUAUAUUGUUAGUACAGAGCAUAGCACUUCUUGUCUCUCCUCUGUUCAAAGUGCUACUUGUGUUACUUCAAAGUUCACACUCUUUAUAUAUCUUGCUAGUUGUUCUGCUCAGUUUUAUCAAGUAACUUAGUGAAUAAAUACUAUAACACAAUGAAAGUAAAUGAAGAAUCCUCACUCAUGUACAUUUGUAAAUAUUAUGGGGUGAAGUGCCACAGAUUGCCGCACUUCACAGGAAAUGUUUAUAGGAAUUAGUUGGAGUUAGUCACAAUUCUCAUCACACAUGGAGCUGUUAACCUAAGCUAACCUGUGCUGAUCUUUAACACAGCCUAACCCAAUCUAACCUUGCCUAACCUGACCUGACCCUGCCUGUGCUAACAUUAACAUAACCUUGCCUUAACUAACCUGACUUAACUGAUACAAACCCUGCCUAACAAGCUUACCUAAUCAGUGCAAACUGAACAUGAUCUACACAGUGCUAACUUAAUAUAACCAAAAUUAACCAAAAGCAAACCUAACAUGACAAAUACAUAACAUUAGUGCAAGCUCAACCUAACCUAACCUAACCAAAUGCAACAAACACAGAUCCAACCAAACCAACACGUAACCUAAUCUCUGCAAACCCAAUCUAACCUACCCAAUGUUAACUGAACUGAAUGUUAUCUAACCUAUAAAGCCAAAUACUCACCUAACCAAACCUAAUUGUACCAGCACAAACCAACAUUAGCUUAACCUAACCUAAUGUAUCUUAAUGUAGCCUAACCUAACCCAGCAAAUAUUCACUUAACUAAACCUAAUCAUACCAGCACUAACCUGACCUAAACAAACACUAACCUAACAUAACCUAACCUAACAAACCCAAACUAACUACUUACCCUAAUACCCCAAUACCCUAAUGAUACAGCACUAACCUAAGCAAACCAACACUAGCUUAACCUAACCUGACCUAACCUAACCUUGCAUCCUAGCAGUACAAGCCAAGCAUAUCACAUCCUGCAUAUCUUGUAAAUCUCUUAUAGACCUAUGCCUCAAGUUCCCAUGUAGAUACGACCCUAUUGAUACCCUUUAGAUUGAUAUAGGCAGGUAUACACGCAUAUGGAAGUAAUCACAUAUAUAACAAAUUAAGGAGAGUUCUAUCUCUUGUUUGUGGUAUUUAUUUGUGUGUGUGUGUGUGUGUGUGUGUGUGAAUGAAAGGUUUGAUUUGUUGCCAUAUUUUUAACUUUCAUCUUAAGCGUAGGUGAAGUGUUGAUAAAACUGUAGUUCUUUCUUAUCUUCUAUUUGUCAUGACAGUUUAAUAAAGGCAUGACUUAAUGUUUCAAGUGACAAUAAGGAAGUGUGCAAGUGUGGAGGUCUAUUUAAUUUGUCACUGGCUGUUGGAAAGAUUUAUGCUGUCCUCCUUUUGUCCAGUCCUCAUUACAGUGACAAUAAUAAGGUUUAAUCAUCUCUUCAGUCUGUCACUGGCUGUCAGAAAGAUUUAUAUAGUUUUCGUUUUGUCCAGUCCUUAUGAAAUUGACAGUAAUAAGGUUUAAUGGUCCCUUCAGUUUGUCAGUGGCUCUCAGAAAGGUUUACAUUGUUCUUAUUUUGUUUAACCCUCAUCUAACUGACAAUAACAAGGUGCCAUGGUUCCUUCAAUGUGUCACUGGCUUUCAGAUUCAUAUUGUUUUCAUCUUGUCCAGUCGUCACAAAAUUUACAAUAAUGAGGUGUCAUGGUCCCAUCAAUCUGUCACCAGCUGUCAGAAAGAUUAUAUUGUUCCCAUUUUGUCCAUUCCUCAUUGAAGUAACUUAGCAAAACUGUGAUGCUUCCUUCAAUUUCUCUGUUAUGGACAAAGAUUUAUAUAGUUCUCAUGCAAGCUUUUGUGGUUCUGUCAAUCUGUCACCGGCUGUUAUAGGGAAAGACAUCACUCACGUAGCCCAGCCUUUCCCACUGAAGCUUGUAAUGUGCCGAUAUAUUUGUACAUUCGAUAAUCACAAUGCCGAGUCUUUUCCAUUGAGGUAUCUGUACGUACUCAACACAGUAAACCCUUGACAUAGUGAAUAGUGAUUUAAUGAGCACUUUAACCCUAUCAAGCAACCCUGGUAUUUAGCAACUAACAGUUUUGAUGAUUAUGAGGCAAAAAUAAGCAUUAAGGGCCUCACAAAUUACUGCAUAUAUAACAAACUCAUUUUCUCAACCUGGAAUAGAUUUUAUUAUUUGUUUGAAUAAAUAUCACAGCCUCCUUUAUAACAACCAGGGUAAACCAACUCAUGAACAACUAUUCAAUAUAAUAACCAGUUUUCUCAACCCAGAAGAAACUUAACUAGAAUUGAACUUUAACAACACUGCAUAAAAUGAGCUAAUCUUAUGACUCCCCUUACCCUUAUAACAACCUGGGUUAGAUGAAUAACCUGACUGUAACAACCAUUGAAUAAACUUCUGGACUGACCAACCUUUCUUCUAUCUUCAAAAUGUCAAAGGUUUACUGUACUUAUUUCAUACUUUUGAGAUGCAUAAUACUACCUAGCUAGUUGCAUUAAGGGUUUAUAUCAUAUAGAGGUGUGUAUAUACCAGAUUGUAUUGACCAGAGUGAAUGGAACAUAAAAUUAUGGAUUGUGUUUAUAAGCUUCUCUCUAUCUUCUUUCGUCUGCUUUUCGAACAGGCCCCAGUAGAAGUUGUCAGGGUUUCCAAGGGUGUUUUCAUGAUUCCAGUGAUGCUCUAACAAGAGCUCCCUAUCAUGUCUUGUUUUAACAGGCUGUAGUGGAUAUUGUUAGAGUUUUCUAGUGACUUCAUGAUUCUGGUGACAGUUUCAUAGCCUUUUGGUGGAUGUUGUUGGGUGUUUUCAUGAUUCUGGUAAUAACUUGACUGGCUCCAGUGGAAGUUGCUGGGGUUUUCAAGGGCAUUUUCAUGGUUGUGAUAGUUCAACAGGCUCUAGUGGAAGUUGUUAGGGUUUUCAAGGACGUUUCCGUGAUUGCAGUGAUAGUUCAACAAGCUCUAGUGGAAGUUGUUAGGGUUUUCAAGGACAUUUCCAUGAUUGCAGUGAUAGUUUAACAAGGAUUCUGCAUAACUGGAAAGAAAACACCCAUGAGAAGCUGACAAACUAUCUGUGUGGCCUUUGAAAACAGUCCAAAGAGAGAGCAAAGUGUUUCAAAAUGUAGACCAGUGUUAUUACUCAUUAUACAUUUUCUACUUUAAUUUGAGAAGAAGAAAAGUUGAAGCAAAAGGGGAGCAUGUGUAUAAAAACAAUAUACAUGCGAAUUUGUAUUUGUUGUCAUAGAUAGGAAAGAAUCGCAUAGCAGGAAUUUACAUGUGAUAAUGAUGAUUGUGUGUUGGGUGAUGUAGGUGAUUAGCUCAGUGAUAUAGUGUGUGGGAGGGAGGCUGAAGCUGUGUACUUAUGCCUUAGUUUGUAUUAGGAGUGGUGUUGUCUAGUGGUCAGAAGUCAAGUAACAUUCUGUCAUUGUGCUUUGUGCUUCCCUCAAGUCUGUGUACUUAAGUGUCUCAGCAUUGUCUUGGCCACAUUAACUUUUACACUACGAUAUGCAACAAUUAACACCAAAAGCAAUGUAAGAGAUUUUUAUAAGUAUCUACAAGAACGAGAGGGAUUAGAAGAGUACAUUCUGUGGUUUCUAGCCAAUAUAAUGUUAGAGGUGGCUUUAGAACAAGGAUGUGCCAGAGUGGUUAAUUAUUAAAGAAAACAGUGAAAGGGUCAAACAGGCAACAGUGGAAGUUACUGGUGUUUUCAAGUUGGAUGUUUUUAUGAUUCUACACUUUCAUGUUGGAAGUUAAUUUCAGGGGUCUUUUCAUUUGAGUGAUAGUUUAAUGAGGAUUAUACACUUUGACUAAGCUUAGGUGUAUGUUAUUCGGGGUUUUCAUGGGCAUUUUCAUGAUUCUAGUGAUUACUUAACCCUUUGAGUACCAUGACAUUACCUCACUUUCACUCAACCAUUACAAAGGUAUAUUAAAGUGAUUUUGUUGUAAUGAGGGUAUUAAAAAUUACCUCUUGCUACUCAUCAGCAAAUAUUAUAUCUCCAUUUAUUUCUUUCAUAAUAAAUAAUAGGUAAUUUUGUGAAGCUUAGAAAGUGUGUAGUGCUGAAAGGGUUAAGAGUAAUUCUGUACCAUCUACUGGAAAAGCACCCAUGAAAACUUGACUUAUAAUCUCUGUGGCCUUUGAAAUUAACCAGUAUGAACAAAAAACAAAACAUUUAAGAUUACAGACCUCAAUUUGAAGUUCCGCAUUUAGCUAGCACUCUGACAAAACCUGACCACUGAUUCUCAGCACAACAUACUUGAGAUUAGUAUGUCCUGCACAGAGGAAGGGAGUGUGUUUGUUGCUUGACUGGUGACUGACCCUCUGGAUUUGAGUAAUAGUGAGAGAAGUGUACCUAUGAAUCCUGUACAUUAUAUUGCCAGAAUAUAUAUGAAUAUCUUUACUAGGACAAUGAUAA